GAAAGAACACAACACAAUGAAUACCAACAGCAGCUGAAGUCACAUUUCUGCACAUGGGGAAGUUAAAGGUUAAAUACUGGAGAACUUCUGGGAAUGGUGCAUUGCACGGGAAUAUUUUCUUUUUGCUCCAACUAUACAUUACCAUGCACACAUUAGAAGUGGGACAAGAAAAUCAAACUCGAGAUUGUUUGGAGAGUGACCUCAUUCCCCCCCUUCUCAGGUACCUGCUUAAAGUUUAACCUUUGUCAGCCGCAUUCACAACCAAUAAAUUCAGCAGAAUUUUAAAACAGUGAGAAGUUACAGCACGAGUGACCUUCAUGUUUUCAUCCUCACUUUAAUGAGCAGAGAAAGGUGGUUGCAGUGUAAAUGCAGACUAUGAAACAGAGCAACAAAUUCAUAUUUUACUUCUGGCUUUACAAAACAUCAUUAAUUCAUGCUUAUCAAUAAUAUUUCCCCUUUGCUACUGAUUACUGUAUCAAAAGGCAAUCUGUGGUCCCCGUGACCAUUAUGAGCAAUGGAAAGAUUUAUUUUAGCCAGCUAAAACAAUAGGCAGCUUCUGCAAGCCAGCCCAGCUGCCUCCAGAGUAAAUGGAAGAAAGCCUUUGCUGAAGAGCAGCUCACAGUGCUGUGACCAGACACACGUCCUCCGAGGAGGAGGGCAAUCUUCCUGGACCAGCAAUUAGGAGCCAGCUUUACAUUGGCACAGGCAGCACAUCUACCAUUUUAAAGAUGGAACUGAAGUAAGGCAAAUUUCACACUGAAUAAAUCAGGUCAGGGUACACAAUCCAAUACAUGCCUAUGGAUUUUCCUCGUUCUGGCUCGGGGAUGUCAAGGCUUCAGGCAGCCAGACACCUCUUGCCACAGCUAUUUAAGCACGACUCCCACUAAAAACAAGUGAGAGCUGGGCAGCAGGUUGUACAGCAGCUCGACCCCAAGCAUUUUGCACCUAGCCGGAAUGGAAGUGGGAUGGUGAUACGAUGCAGGCUUCAGGUCAGCGCUGCAGCAGCUUUAGCUCGCAUCUCAAAAAUCACUCCUAAGGCUUUAGCUAUGCUCUUUCCUGGGAAGGGAGCAGUGGCACAGAAUGAGCAGCAAUCAGCUACAAAGCCCCCAGUGAAUUCUGGUCUGAGAUGCGCUGCUGAAGUGCCACGCGUUCUAAAGCAGACAUCCCAGUCUCUACAUCCUCAGAGAUGCAGUGAACUCAGAAUAUUCUCUGCAUGAGUCACCAGUGAGGAUAUUUUCCCACCAAGUUUUUGAGUUGUUUCUGAGCUGAAGCAUUUUGCCCCCAAGAAAUGUGAUUACAGUACACAGUGAAGUUCAGCUACACAAGAAGAAUUGUUUAAUAAAGGCUAAAUAGGCACACAGGGUACAUUUCCAGGGUGGGUCAGCUCAUCUAACAUAUCUUCUGUGGCAAGGGAACACAUUUUAUGCUUGAAGGGUAACCAACUCUAAAAUGGAUUGUCUCUUCUAAGAGCAUCCCUAAAUCUGGGGUCGCAUUCUGGCAUGAGACCAGCCCAUGAACAGAGCUGGCCAUCUCUGCCCUGCAGCAGCUCAACCUCACCCACACCUACACAGCUGAGUAACUCCAAAACUGGGACAUUCCUGCAUGUUUGCUGAUCCAAAUCCCACUCUGAUCACAUCUGUGCUGUUUCCCCAUCAAUGACUCCUGUCCCCUGGGUCUCUUGCUAACAUGGCCAGUCAUAAAGGACAAAAUUAACAGAGACAGAGCUACACUUUCCCUUAAGAAUGGGUUUCAGAAUCUGCCCCUUUCAUCUUGGUGCUAUCUUUGAGGUUUGUAAACAUCCACCUAUAUUCCAGCAACAGUACUACUAUUUGUUUUAUUGUCCUAGAAGUCCUAGCUUCUGUGUUUCCCGAGUUUGAAAUUCACACCUCAAACCCAGCCUACAACCACACUAAAAGUCGCUGCAUCUAUCUAGAUUGAUUAGACAUGCUGCAUCCUCUCCCAUUUCUUCCUAAAUGCAAUGUCUACAUCACACCUAGCAACUCCUAAUGCUGAUGAACACACAAACACUGUAAACCAGCUUCAUCUUCUAGAAGACAGAAAACCCUCAAAACUCAGCUGCUCCCCAUCCGUUUCCCCAGUGCAUACCCACGAUGAACAUCACCGCUUCUCUAUUCCUCUGCUUAUUCAACUGAGCAGGGGACAACAUUAACAGUUGACUGAUUCUUAGUUUCACAAGUUUACUGAGCAAGACAAAAUGAUUUUUUUUUGCUGGAAUGCUCCUUAGGCAAGAAUCUGCUCGCUUCCUCAUAUACUAACUGGAUUUUUUCUCCCGCAGCAGAGGGAAAAUAUGCAAAUGAUACAACUUUUUCCUAAGCAAGCGUCUUGAGAUCUUGGCAGUCUUCACUCCUCGCCUGCAGGUAUAAAUGAGACCCACGUUACCAUAAUGUUUAUUAUUUCUUAUUCUCCAGAACACUACCAGCAGAGGCAAUGCUCAACUACGUCCGGAAACGCUUUGCCAGCCACAUCACACAACGAAGCCGGAGAAAAGCAAGGCUUGUUUCCAAAGACGGAAGGUGCAACAUAGAGUUUGGCAAUGUAGAGCAGUCAAGGUUUGUCUUUUUGAUUGACAUAUGGACAACUAUCCUGGAUCUGAGAUGGAGAUACAAAAUGACUAUCUUCAUCUCGGCAUUCUUAGGCAGCUGGUUUCUAUUUGGUCUGCUCUGGUACGUUGUGGCCUACAUACACAAAGAUCUUCCAGAAUUCAAUCCCUCCAUAAAUCACACCCCCUGUGUUGAGAAUAUCAACGGCCUGACUUCAGCUUUCCUGUUUUCACUGGAGACCCAGGUCACUAUUGGCUAUGGUUUCAGAUGUGUCACAGAACAAUGCGUCACUGCCAUUUUCCUGCUCAUCUUCCAGUCUAUCCUGGGGGUCAUCAUCAAUUCUUUCAUGUGUGGUGCCAUCUUGGCCAAGAUAUCAAGGUCCAAAAACCGGGCCAAGACCAUCACCUUCAGCAGGAACGCUGUCAUCAGCAAACGUGGUGGGAAGCUCUGCCUCCACAUCAGGGUGGCAAACCUCAGGAAGAGCCUGCUCAUCGGGAGUCACAUCUAUGGCAAACUUCUGAAGACCACCAUCACCCCAGAAGGAGAGACAAUCAUUCUGGACCAGGUCAACAUAGAAUUUAUCGUUGAUGCCGGCAAUGAAAACCUCUUCUUCAUUUCCCCACUGACCAUUUACCAUAUCAUAGACAAGAACAGCCCCUUCUUCCACAUGGCAGCAGAAACAAUUCUGCAGCAAGAUUUUGAGUUGGUGGUGUUUUUAGAUGGCACUGUUGAAGCCACCAGCGCUACCUGUCAAGUGAGGACAUCUUACAUCCCAGAAGAGGUGCUCUGGGGUUAUCGCUUUGCUCCCAUGGUGUCCAAGACCAAAGAAGGGAAAUACAGAGUAGACUUCCAGAACUUCAGCAAGACAGUGGCAGUGGAGACGCCCCACUGUGCCUUCUGCCUCCACAAUGAGAAAGAAGCUAAAGCCAAAGAGAAGAAAGGCUUUGACAACCCUGGUUUUGUCUUGGCAGAAGCUAGUGAAGCCAGUGACACAAAAAUGUAGUUCCAAAUCAUUAUCAGACUGCACCUUUUUGCAUAAUUAAUUCAAUCUCGAGAGGAUUAAUAACUUAGUAAAACAAAUAACAGGUUUGUUUCAACUCUAAAGCAGCACCUAUCUUCUCAAAAGCCUCAAAUCAGAGAGGACCAGCACACCAGUGAUCUCCAGAAUGCUAUUUAACUAUACUAUAUAUUUCAUAGAAUUUUUAUUUUUGUAUCUGUGGGACAUUUUGCAAAGCUGCUAAGCUGGAGUGUCCAACUCACUUCAGCUCCCAGAGGCGUGUCAGUUUUAA